GGACUCGUAUUAUUUCGUCGCAAGCAUUCUGUCCUAUAAACUUGCGAGUUACAGAAAGAAACCUAGACAAUUUGGGAACGAUUAUGAACGUCCGCCGUGUAACAUUUUCGGAGGAAGGAGUUUCUUGGACGGGUAAACCGCUUGACUACUACAUUCACGUGAUUGAUAGAAGCAAACUGGAGUAUUUUUUUUUGAAUCGAACUUCUGCGCGCACUUCUGUUCUUUUAAAAGAAAAUGGCUCAUCUCCGCGUUCUCUCUCAACCAAUCGGAAACGGCGGAAAGGAGAUUCGAAGAGGGAAGAUGCUAGUUCUGUGGAGAAUAAUCUAUCUGAUGCCACACGUGUUUCUGAGAACCACGUCAAACCUCAACAUUCUUUAGCAGCUGAUAGCGAUUCGUUAUUAUCAUUGAACGAAAGUCCAUCCACCGCGUUGUUACUAAGCUCUAGCAGUUCAUGCGACGAACAAAUAAAUACGCCUCUUGAAUGCCACAUCACGAAUCCUAAUGACUCCUUGAGAAUUGGCGUUGCAGGAAGUUCUACGAGCUCAUCAUUUAGCAUCUCUGCUACAAGUCCUUUCUCUCUCCUUGAAUCACCUGUUUUGCAGGCUGGUAACAAAGUCUUUUCUGUGGACCAGUACUUGGCUGCUCAAAAAAAAAAGUUAACAAACUAUAUGCACUCUCCCACAACUGACCCUUAUGUGACUGAUAAAAAGCCAAAAAUGGCGCCAUCCCAACAUUACGUUCAUGAAAUAGAGAGAAAUUUAUUAGCAAUAAAAAGUAAUAUUAGUUCGCUACUGCUCCAACAGAUAUGCGAGCCUUUGCAUGUUGGUACUUCUCUCCACUCGACAGCUCCCUCUGUUAUUCCUGAACUAUUCAUGUCGGUUGACCUACAUGCUCUUCUAUUAGAAAAAAGCAAUUUACAAAAAGAAAUUCAACCCGAUUCUUAUAACUCUGAUUUAAAAACAAAUUUGGUCGCGGAUUCUCAGAUUGCUAAAGAAAUUUUAAGCUCUUGUGAGAAUAAUGUUAAGGCCUACGAGGAUUCUGAACUUACAGACUUAAUAAAAAACAACUUUUAUAGAUAA